AUGAAGAACCCGCUCAUUGAUCUUGAGAUGAAAGUUAGUGACCUUUUAGAUCAUGAGACGGGAGAUUGGAACAGAGAGGCUCUGGAUGAGAAUUUCUUCCCUGGAGACGUGGAAAUAAUCCUCAAAAAGAAACCGGUACCUUCUGUGGAAGACUUCUGGUGUUGGAAGCAUAACCGUAGCGGUGAAUACACAGUCAGAUCUGGGAACUGGCUAGCGUUGCAUUCAAUGUUGAAAGAGGAGUUUCAAGAAGCACAAAUGCAACCUUCAAUCAACUGUCUUAAAGACUCAGCAUGGCACACGUUGACUUCGCCCAAGAUCAAGAUGUUUUUGUGGCGAACCUUGUCACAAAUAAUUCCGGUGGCGAAUACUUUAAAGGCUCGUGGAAUGAAGGUGGAUCAACUAUGUCAACACUGUGGCCUUCAAGACGAAACACUAAACCACCUCUUGUUUACCUGUGACGUCGCUCGUCAGGUGUGGGCCCUCUCAAACUUCCCAUCUCCCAUGAAUGGCUUUCACCCUGAAUCGAUCUUUGUAAACUUCCAUUACCUAUUUCAAAUGAGUACGAAUAUUCGAGUUCCCAAGGAUAUCAGAUGUUGCUUCCCUUGGAUACUCUGGUUUCUUUGGAAAAACCGAAAUAAAUUGCUCUUUGAAGGAUCUGAGUUCAAGGCAGAAGACAUAGUUCAUAAAGCUUAUGAUGAAGCUGCUGUGUGGUUUGAAGCUCAAAAACUUGAUAGGGAAGGAGAAAAAUGUGAUAAUGAGCCAGUAUCCUCUGCUCUCCGACGGUGGAGCAAACCUCCUCGUCAUUGGGUGAAGUGUAACUAUGGAUACGUGUGGAACAAACCGGCAAAAAUGCUAGGAGCGGCCUGGAUUGUUCGUGACCACCACGGUGAUACUAUUUUACACAGUCGCAGGUCCUUCGCUGAUGUGAAUAGUAAACAGGAGGCUCAGUUGGUUGCUCUCCGCUGGUCGCUUGACUCCUUAGCUGCUCAUCGCCUUGAUAGAAUCAUCAUAGCAGGAGAGGACGCUACUCUUUUAAAGGUUAUUGGACGUCCAAAAGCUUGGCCUUCCUUUACUUCAGAGUUCAUAACCCUUAGAAGCUGUUUAAACCAUUUUACUUCCUGGAAGUCGAAGGUGGAAUCCAGAUUUGCUAACAGAUGCGCCUUUUCCAUUGCCAAAAGCGCACAUCAACUUCAGUGGGGUCAAUCUUAUGUCGCCCGUGGAUGUCCGCAGUGGUUGUCUAGUUUGUUUUUGGAUGACAAAGGCUAG